GGCGAAGAGGAGCAGGACAGGGCAGAGCAUUUUGACUCUUUCUGCUCUGUGAAUAUAACCUAACGUGUGUCGCAGAUCUACUUUUUUUCCAUGCUGUUCUAAAACUCCCACAAGCAAAAAUGUCAAAUAUGACCCCCACCUCAGCCGUCUCAGAGGGACAGCUGUUCUGUCCCCUGCUGCAGAUGAUGAAGGAGCACAAACUCAACAAUAACACACAGGCCAAUUUGGUGGUGGUUUGCAUCCACGGUCUGGUCUCCUGCCUGGGAAUUUUGGAGAACGCCCUUGUCCUCUGGGUGGUUGGUUUUCGCUUGCAGCGCCGCACAGUGACCUCCGUGUGGGUGCUCAACCUGGCCAUGUCUGACUUCCUUGCAACCCUGACACUGCCCCUCUUCACCUUCUACCUUUCCUCCUCACACAGCUGGGAGCUCGGCAGCCUACUUUGCAAAAUACAGGCUUCCAUCUUCUUUGUGAACAUGUUUGUGUCAGCCUUCCUACUGGCAGCCAUUUCACUGGACCGCUGCCUUCUGGCGGCAAAGCCAGUGUGGAGCCAGAAUCACCGCUCAGUAGCAGGAGCGUGGAAGGUGUGUGUGUUGGGUUGGCUGUGGGCAGCAAUUAAUACAUUACCUUACUUCAUGUUUCGCUCAGUGACUGAGAAAUUGGAUGGGAGGAAACUGUGCUAUCAUAAUUUUGCCUUGUAUUCAUCCUCUCUGGAGAGAGAUUGUAAAGUAAGGCAGGCAGCAACAGCCAUCUCCAAGUUGCUGCUGGCAUUCCUGUUCCCCCUGAUGGUGAUUGCAGGAAGCUACAUCCAACUUGUUCUCAGCCUGAGGAACAGGAGCAGGAGGAAGCAGAGUGCCGGCAGGUUCACUGAUGCACUGAUUGUGUCAAACAAAGAUGGGGCAUCAGGAGCUAUAAAUACACCCACAACCACAAAAACCACUAAUAUCUUUCUCAAGCCUCUGGCCUCCGGGCCAUGUUUAUCCAUGACACCUGCUACCUUGUCCCCUACUACCCCUAAUCACACCAAUAGUCAGCUGUCCCAGAGCUUCACCAGAAUGGUAACAUUUGUGAUUGCAGCAUUUGUACUGUGCUGGGCUCCGUAUCACAUCUUCUGCAUCAUUGAGGUAACAGCACAAUACUGGCCCGAAUAUCUCCAUUUGGUGGAGGUGGGGCUGCCCUUGGCCACAACCUUUGCGUUCUUGAAUCCUGUGUUGAACCCCAUUCUGUAUGCCUUCAGCUGCCCAAACUUCAGCGUGAGAAUACGACAGAGUCUGGGAGCACUGUUUGACGGUCUGGUAGAGGAAGGAGGGGGGCUACUGAUGGUGCCAGGGAGAAGUUUAAGAGCUCAUAUUAGGCGAAAGAGCAGCCGAGAUGUGAACCUUGCAACACCAGGGUCGCCAACGGGUUCACAAUCGCCCAGUCAAUCACCUGACAGCCAACCACCCUUCCCACUGCCUUCGCCCUCUGAUGGCCUCAAAGACACUCACAUGGAAAAUACCAGAGAGGAAUCACAAGAUGAGGGGGAACAUAGCUGAGACACUGGAUUUUGGCUCUAUGUUGGAUUUAGUGAAAUCAUGUCAGAUAUGUCUUAAUGUACAUGUAGGCCUGAUUACACCCUGUGACCUAUCAUAUCAAACCCAUGGCCACCACGAAAUGCAUGUGGAACAGGAAUUAGUAUUAUAGUAGUAGUAGUCAGUCCCUCCAGGAUUUCGCAGGCUGUUUUUGUGAUUGUAGUUGUGAACUUACCCAUCUACCUAAUAGUACACCCACCUCAUCAACUAACACUGCACCACUGAUCACAACAUCCUGGAGGGACUGAGUAGUAGUAUUAGGCCUACAGUACUUUUUUGCCAUGCUAGCAGCAGGCUCUAAGAAUGGCAAUGUCAGUGUGUUGCUCAGUCUGCUCACCAUGUUGAUCCAGACUGAAUUAUCUUAAUAAUUACUGGAUGGACUGCCAUGACAGUUGUUACAGGCAUUAAUGGUUGCCAGAGGGUGAAUCUGACUGGUGAUCCACAGAGUUUUCAUGUAGCACCAUCAUUAGGUCAAAUUUUGUCCAAUACUUUGUUUAUAACCAAAUACCUACAGAACUGAUGACAUUCCCAUCAGCCUCAGCUGAACUUUGUGUUUGUUCUAAUUAGCAAAUGUUAACAUGCUUACAUGAUAAAUUAAGAUGGUGAACAUUGAAAACAUUUAAACAUCAGCAUGUUAGCAUUGUCAUUGUGAACAUGUUAGCAUUGUGAUAUUUUACGUCAAAGCACCACUGGUUAUGGUGAAGAGGGUUAUCCCUUGACUUUCCCUCUGGUGUCACUAUGGUGUUGACAUUAGUGGUUUUAACUAAGAUGUCUCAGCAACUGUUGGAUGGGUUAGGCAGGACAAGGGUUAGCUAUGAAAUGUAUGGCAACUAAUGUCAGUGUUCAGAAAGGGGCAGCAGUUGCUCAGUCUGUCGGGACUUAGCUUGGGUUCAAGUCCUGGUUCAAGUCCCUGUACGGUCAAGCACAGAGUGUGGUUGUGUAGCUGGAGUAGCCAGCUGGCCCCCUGGGCACCAUCGAGGUGCCCCCAAGCAAGGCACCCACACCCCAAACUGUCCCAGGGGUUCUGUAUUAUGGCUUACCCUGCACUACCCCUCUGCCAUAAUUGCAUUUGUGUUGUGUGUCACAAGAGGGCUAUUCAAAAGUUACAUUUCAACUGCCUUGUGUGGAUUGAUAAACAAAGAAAUUAAAAGGAUAAAUUGUAUGAACUUUCUAUGUUGCUAUCAUCAGGUCUAAAUUUUUCAUUUGUCUAACACUUUCUGAGAAAACAACCACAAAACAAAUUACCCAAGUUUCAGCUGUACUUCAAAUUAUACCAGCAAGACAUCUCCAUGUCAGCAUUGUCACUGUGUGCAUUCUGAUGUUAGCAUUCAGCUUAAAGCAUUACUAUACCUAAGUGCAGCCCCACAGAGCUGAAAGCUUGGCUGUACAAUCUUAGUCUUCUUGUUCUAUUAGGCCACAUAUUGAGGAACCUACUCCAAAAUUUGACUACAUGUUGUCAUAAAGUAUUUUACACAGCACUAAAUGGCCUCAUGCAUGUCAUAAGUGAAAAUUGCUUUUGUCUGUUUGACUUUGAUGUUAAAUUGUAGCACAUUUUGUUGUAGUAGUCAUUCACUUUUUUCAGUUAAAAGGUUUACUAAAAGGGGCGUGGCUAUGGUUCUGAACUGAACAGACAUGUCUGUGUGUGCUCCUGGCAAACUUUUUGAAAAACUUUUGAAAUCUAUCCUUUAAACGUGGACCUAAUCUCCAGAACUUCUCCAACCUUUACAGCAGGAUUUAACAAUAUUAUGUCGCCGUGAAAGACAAGGAGGAAGACAUACAAGAACAAUACGAAUCCUGAAUUGAUGGAGGAAGACGAGGCGGAUAGCAUUAGCCUUGCUAGCUCAUUAGGCGACGCUGGCUCUCCCCCUCACAAAGAAAUGGCAUCAACCAAGAUGACCCACAGUGCUGAUAUCAUGCAAAAACUUGACUUAAUGCAAAGUUACUUUGACCAAAAGAUGGACGAAGUCCUGAAGGCAAUUCAAGAAAUUAAAACAGACGUUCGGAACUUCUCAGAGAGCAUGGAUGACGCGGAAUGGCGCAUCAGUGAUUUGGAGGACUCCAACAAUUCAGAGAGAGGGGCAAGAUCAGAGACAUAAUUAAACAAGUUGACCUCAUCACCAGUAAGUUAGACGAGGCUGAAAAUAUUUCCAGGAGAUGCAUCCUGCGUCUGGUAAACCUGCCCGAAAAAGUGGAGAAUGAUCCAGUAGCCUUCCUUGAGAAGUGGCUGCCAGAGGUAUUGGGGCCAGGAGUCUUCCCAUCAUCGCCAACUAGUGAGAUCGCUCAUCGUCUUCCCACUCGACACCAAUCUAAGCCAAGAAUCCUCAUCUUUAAGUUCUUGAAUUUCCAAGAUAAUGCUAGAGCGAUGUGAGCUGCCAGGGCUAAAGGAAAGGUGAAAUUUGGAGAGCAGGAGGUGAUGUUCUUCCCGGACCGGUCGUCAGAGGUACACCGUCAGAGGAGGCGCUUCGACUGGGUGAAGCAACAGCUAAGGUCCCUGAACAUUCGGUAUGGUAUGAUGUAUCCAGCCAAGCUUUGCCUGACGACAGAUGGUCAAACGCGUGAGUUUGAAUCUCCCGACGAAGCUGAGAUCAAUUAAGCUGCUGCUGUCACACACACUCCAGGUUGGGGACAUCAUUAGUUUGGUACUGUUUAAAAUGUAUUUAUGGUUUAUAGACGUGUCCACUAUAAUAUUAUAUUACCUUUUAUGUUUUGAAAAGGAUGUUGCAUUAAGCUUAAUAUGAAAUGAUUUAUUUUUUGUAGCAGGUUAUCUCACCCGAGCUGACUAUAGGCUUACUUCAGUUUAUCUUACUACAAACCUGAAACCCAAUAUAGGUCUAUGUUUGAGAUAUCUGUGUUUAUAUGUUUAGGGUGUAUACAAUAAGGCACAAAUAAAGCAUACACUCUCUGGUGUUCAAUUUGCCAGGAGACACGAAUACUUUUUUUGGUUUUGGUCUUAUUAUAGAAUUAAGUUUAGUUUAGUGAAUUGCUCCCUUGUUUUGCACUGGAUCAGUUGAUGCACUUAGCUACACCCCUAAGGAAGGGAGAGGAGAGGAUGAUUAGCAGGGCUGUCAAGUUUUUGGUAGACGGCCACACGGGUUUCUUAUGGCAGGGUCUUGUUUGACUUUAUUAGGUUAUUGUUUGUAUUUACAUGUCUCGCAGUACAUUACGACACAAGGGCACACUUUAAAGACGUUCUUCACACAAAAGCAACAGAUCUAUUACCAGCUUAAAGUUAUAGGCAUUAUGUAUACAAUAGGUUUGAAAUUAGGUUAAGAUAUCUUCCAUUAAGAAAUUGAAAUUUACCUCUUGGAAUGUAAGGGGUAUGACUAAGAUUAAAAUCACGUAGGAACAAGCAAGCACUCUUGUGAAUUAUAUUUUGAAUGCUGGCGUACACAGUCUGGCCUUAGUCUUCUGUCAGAAAAACUGCGGCUACUCCAGAGAUCUCUUUAACCCUUCUUUAAUGAUUUCACACAGCUUGGAACAGUGUACAGUGUUCGUUGUGGUUUCCUGAAGCAUACAAAUAGAUAAACAAUAAUUAUAUUAGUAUGGUACAGAAAUAAAGUCAUAUUACUGUGAACUGAACAGACGUGAUACUACACAAAGAAAACUGGCCGCACGGGGGCGCCUCAGACCACAUUGUUAUAAUGUAACACACAACAACUCUAAGAAACGUGAAUAUCGCCAGAUGUAGAGCCCAUCCGCGGUAGUAAACACUUAAUCGAAACAGUAUUAUAUGUUUAGAACACAUAUAUAAACAAAGGCGGACAUAUUAACCAGUCUGUGGCAAUAUAUCUAAUGUAAACAACUCCGUGUGCGAGAGAACUGAUCACAACAUGGCAGCCAUUCCGGCUCCACGCCACGUACAUCAGAAAACAGCAUAACAAUAAACACCUACUGUAAACUUACUUUGCACUCAGGCACAACGGACACAAGGUGACGGCGUGGGUAUUUAUGACGAUACUCCGCUUAACGCUGUCAUAACUGUAGAGCAAGUGUGAGGCACUCCACAGGUGUGUCACCAGCCCAGCUGCCUUUGGGGCCGUUCUGUUGUCCUCGUGUUCCCUCAGGACUACUCAGGUCCUUCCGGUGACGUUUGGCUCCUCCCAAACGCGGCAGAGCGGGAAGUUUGCACAACUCUCAUAAUAAAUACACCUUGUGAGGUGCACGGCCAAAAACAGUGAAAAAGGGAAAAACGCCAGCACUCUCAAAUGUCCUUUUAGUAAGUUUAAUCAACCAGCUUAGAUGGCAGCACCAGUACACAACAGACGUUUCGACAGACUGUAUUCAAAACCGCAUACUAUACUAGUAGUAUGUACUGAUAUUGCCUAAAUGUAGUAUAUAGUAUGCAGUAUGUACACAAAAGCAAAAUCUGCAGUAUGCAAAAAAUACCCGGAUGUCAUACUGAUUUGGAAAAAUUCCACAGUAUGCAUCAGACCAGAGCCCUUGAAUAGAGAGUCACGUCUUCUCCAUUCACUCUAAUGGGCCAUUUUUUCACAGCAAUGGCGGAUCGCGGAGCCUCUCAUUAGUUCCCGGAAGUAAGCGGCACAUGCUAGCAGUGCAAUGGAGUGGGAACUGCCCAUUGGUUCGACAGCCCAUUGGUUCGACAUCCCAUUGUUCCGACCAUAUUAAACUCAUUGUUCCUAAGUCCGUUCCAAAAUCAUCAUGAUGCCCUGUGGUUAAGGUCUGGUUAGGUUUAGGCACAAAAACCACUUGGUUAGGGUCAGGAAAAGAUCAUGGUGUGGGUUAAAAUGAAAAAGAAAGUGACAAACACAUAAGCCGUCAGCCUGCUCCGCCUCAAGCUGGUUGCGGCGCACCAUAUGCCCGCUGCGAGCCGUUCAGCACCUCGGACAGUCGGACUAAUGGGAUGUCAAACCAAUGGGCUGUCAAACCAAUGACAUGGACCCAAUGGAGUUACAGCAGAAAAGACCGGCUGUGAUGUACUUUUAACGGGUAAGAUGUCCAAAGACUCAAAUUUUACAUUAUCAGCACAACUUAUCUAAAUUAACAUGUGCAUUAAAGCUUGUUAGUGGAUUAUCUCCCAUUAAAUUAGUAGAUUUAUGUAAUGUUAAAAGAUAAGAUAACAGAUUAGGCUAGGACACUGUACAUACUGUACACACCAUACAGGUAAUGCUAACCAUGAACAGCCUGUUAGUUUUAAAUUGUCUUCUCCUAAACCAUUUUAUCUAACAUUGGGAAGUUAGAGUGCUUCCAGUCCUGAUUUUUUGCGAGCCAGUCUGAGUUAGAUAUUAGCUCAGUUAAAUAUGACAUUGCUGCGUGAUUGUUGAGUGGAGGAGGUGAAAUGAAACAAAAACGGAACUUAUGGUCUGUUUUUUAGGCUUUGUGAUUCUGUUGAGUAUACCUGUCUAUAAUAUGUUACAGCUCAGCUGAUAUUACAUUGAUAGCGAAGUGAGAGGGAAGUUUGAGGACCUGAAUGAGAUUUAAAACACAAGAUAAGUUAUUUUGAUAAAUGAAACAUACCAGGCUAAAUGGGGAAUUAUUAUAAAUACCAAAUGUAUGUAUAUGAUCAUGCUAAAUAUAUAUUCUCUCACAGUAUUAGAUAUGUAAUCUUGUAUAUUUGUAACCUGCUGUAGGAGCACUGGGUGGUGGCGGAGCAGUGAUGCUGCAGGACCACUGUGUGAGACAGGACGCUGCAGAUAAGUGCUGAGUCGACCUUGGUGAGACUUAAAACUUAACAAGG